AUGGGUGAAACUGAGUUUUUUACCGAUCUCUUUGAGGAUGAGGCAAAGUUUGUGGGAAAGGUGCUUCUGGCAAUGACUGCUGUGGGUUAUUUGGCCUUUCAGGAGAGCGGUUCGACGCUCUUUCGCCGCGAUGACGUCCAGUACGCCAUUGACGCGUAUCUGACACAGGGAUAUGACCGAGGCAUCAUAACCUCCCGGGCCAACCAGCGUCUCGCGAAGAAAAUCAUUCUUAAUGGACUUCAGAUCAACGCCGUAAAGGAGCAAAUACGACUUGCUGUUGGAAGUGAGGCAAAGCUUAAGGCUCUCUCGGAGCUGUUUACUUUGUCACUUGCUAGUAUUUUAUGUGCUGCACAUAUCCAUAGCUUAAACAUUACACUUCAUGUUAUUAAAAAUAUGACAUUGGUGUUGGUGUAUGUCUUGAGGAAGCGAGAGGCGCACCGCGGUGGAACAGUGGUCUCAAAACUUCGUUCCUGGUGGUCAGGUGGCACUCAGAACCUUAUUAUGGAAACCGUUAUUGAACGUUUACGGCAACAGUUUGAGUCGUCUCCCUUUGCGCAGGCAGUGAAUGAGGACAUGGUAAUGUCAGAGGAUCUCUUGCAUUGCCUCUCUGUAGAGACACUCUUGAAGAUGGCCAUUCCUCGCGUGGUGGAGGCCUCCCUACAGGUGGUCAGGACUGCACUGAAUCGUCGUGCCCCACAAGUGUUUAGUGUAACUGGCAGGGUAACAGGAAGGGAUAUGCGGGAAUUGCUGGAUGAAUUGAGUGAGGACUUUGAAUCCUGUUUGGUGUGGUCGAAUUGGCUCACACCACCGUUGUCUGCAUCGUCGCCGUUACUGUCAUCACGAGGGGAAAUGGAGUCGCUAGGGACGAGCAACGGUGAAACCAAGGUCACGGACGCGGGGUCAGCCGAUUCAGAUGUUGACAAUGAUGUCUUCAAGUACCCGGCAGGAUCGACCGCCGUGUUGCCGGAUGGUUCCUCUGCGUCAAUGCGAAUGAAGCAGGAUCGCGCCGCUCUGGAAAGUUUCUUCGGCCCGCUACAUGAGGAGGAUCCAGAGGCUCGUGCAGCCCGUGAGCAGGAGCAGCGUCGUGAACAGUUGGCUCGGGAGCAGUCGGCAAGUUUCUUCUACAAAUUGAUACGUAGCGCUUCCUUCAACGAGAUUUGUAUUGCCCACGCUACAGAAGUGCUGGAGGACACCAAAAAAUUGGUGGUGGACUUGCGUUCUCUUGGCUCGUAUGACGCAGUGACAGACUCUGCCAAGAUGGCGCAUGUGAUUACCUUCCUUGAGAAUCAUCGUUUGCGGCUGUUGGAUCACGAUUUUAGCGUGCCACUGUACCUGCAGCUCUUUUGUGAGGAGACGGUGAGGGCAACCUGUGGAAAACUGUGA